AUGGCUGCACAAAUGAACCCUGAGGAUCAAUUUUCCAAGCUUCAUCCAGGCUUCCCUGUGAACACGAGAAUCGCAAUAGUAGGAGGUGGUCCUAGUGGAUUAUCAGCUGCUUAUGCGCUGUGUAAGCUCGGUUAUAAUAAUGUAACAGUGCUGGAGAAACAUCAGAGAGUCAGUGGCAUGUGUUUAUCUGUUGAUAUAGAAGGAAAGAUUUACGAUCUUGGUGGACAAGUCCUUGCAGCCAGUAGCUCUCCCACAAUUUUUCACUUGGCAAAUGAAGCUGGCUCGGAAUUGGAAGAAAUGGAUUCCCACAAACUCGCAUUAAUUGAUAGUUUUACAGGGACGUACGAGGACAUCAAGGUUGCAGAUGACUAUGUUUCUGCAGUCUCGCUCACUUUAGAUCUCCAGGAUAAAGCAAAGAAGUCAGGUCGAAUUGGAGUUCACGCCAUAAGUGACUUAGCUUCUGAUUCAACACCGGCAUUUCUUGAGGAUCAUGGAUUCAAAUCUGUUCCAAAAUCUGUAGCUUAUGGAUAUACAGCUUCUGGAUAUGGAUUUGUUCAAGACAUGCCAUACGCUUACAUUCAUGAGUUCACCAGAACAUCCAUGGCCGGUAAAAUUAGACGUUUCAAAGGUGGAUACAUGAGUAUGUGGCAAAAAAUUAGUGAAUCCCUCCCCAUAGAAGUCCUCUGCAACACAGAAGUGGUGGCAAUCAGGCGCAACUCAUCAGGUGUCAACAUUAAAGUCAAACAGAAUGAUGGAAACUUGACAACUCGGGAAUUCGAUAAAGUCAUUAUUUCUGGAUCAUUUCCCUUCAAGAAUGGGAGAACAUAUAGAUCACCGUCAUUAAUGGAAGAAGAUGCUGAAGAUGAAAUCCUGGAUUUCAGUGAACUUGAAAAGGAAUUAUUUAAGAAAGUGCAGACUAUUGACUACUACACAACUGUCAUGAAGAUUAAGGGUCUGGAACAUCUGCCGGUCGGGUUCUUUUACUUUGGGGAGUUCAUGGAUGAUCCUGUAACUAUAGGAAAUCCGGUGGCUCUGCAGAAAUUCUAUUCUGAUACCAAUAUCUUCCUAUUCUGGUCAUAUGGAAACUCAGCCAAUAUCAGAGGACAAGAAGUCACUCAGCUAGCAUUUGAUGCAGUGAAAAGAAUGGGGGGAGAAGUUGAAAUGGUAAUUCUACAACAAAGAUUCAAAUAUUUCCCUCAUGUUGAAAGCCAAGAUAUGAAAGGUGGGUUCUACGAGAAACUAGAAACUGAACUUCAAGGCCAGCAGAAUACUUACUACAUAGGUGGACUCAUGGCAUUUGAGCUUACAGAGAGGAAUUCAUCAUAUGCUAUGGGUUUGGUUUGCAAGCACUUUGCGACUGAUGAAUUAAUUCCAAGGUUUCCAUAUGUAAAGAGAUUGUUUACACUGAAGUCAGAGUGCCGGGAUAAGCUCCCCAGAGAGCUUGAUGAAUCUAAGGGGUUAGAAUUUCCAGAUCUAUCCAGCCUUGAUUGCUAUUUGAAAUACUGGGGAAAUCAUAACAUCAGUUGCAACAAAAUCCUUUAUAGAUGGAUAAAUGAUGAAGGAGAAGUGAUGGGCCAAAGAACUUUUGGAGAACUUCAUGCUAAUGCUGCUUGCAUUGCUGAAAAGCUCUUGUCUAGCAGAAAGCCAGUCAUCAAUAUAGGCGACAGGGUCCUUCUUGUUCAUGUCCCAGGUCUGGAUUUUAUUGAUGCCUUUUUUGGGUGUUUAAGAGCCAGAGUAUUGCCAGUCCCAGUUCUUCCCCCUGAUCCACUUCAAAGAGGUGGACAAGCACUUUUGAAGAUAGAGAAUAUUGCUAAAUCAUGCAAGGCAGUGGCAAUUCUCUCCACUGUAGGUUAUCAAUUAGCUGUUAGAGCAGGCUCCGUGAAGAAUUUGAUAUCGUUGCCCAAUAAAAAUGGAAAGGGCUCGGGUCGCUGGCCUAAUCUUCCUUGGUUACACACUGAUUCUUGGGUGAAAAACUCCAAAGACGUGCCUUCAGUAAGUAUAGACUGCAAUUCAGUGCCACGUGCUGAUGAACUAUGCUUUCUUCAAUUCACAUCAGGAUCAACUGGAGAUGCAAAAGGUGUUGUUAUAACUCAUGGUGGCCUAAUUCAUAAUGUGAAGCUAAUGCAAAGGAGAUAUCAUAGCACGUCAAACACAGUACUUAUCAGCUGGCUCCCCCAGUACCAUGACAUGGGACUGAUUGGUGGGCUUUUCACAGCUCUGGUUAGUGGUGGAACUGCUAUCUUGUUCUCCCCAAUGACAUUCAUCAAGAACCCUAUCCUGUGGCUUGAAACCAUCAGCAAGUACAGGGGAACUCAUAGUGCAGGUCCCAACUUCUCGUUUGAACUUGUGGUACGAAGGUUGGAGGUUGACAAGAAUAAGAUUCGGAACUAUGACCUUUCCUCCAUGAUUUUUCUAAUGAUUGCUGCUGAACCAGUAAGGCAGAAAACUCUAAAAAGAUUCAUUGAGCUAACAAGUCCUUACGGCCUUUCCCAAUACGUGAUGGCUCCUGGCUAUGGAUUGGCAGAAAACUGUGUGUUUGUCAGUUGCGCUUAUGGGGAAGGAAAACCUAUUGUGGUGGAUUGGCAAGGAAGGGUAUGUUGUGGGUAUGUAAAUUCAAAUGAUACAGAUGUGGACAUUAGAAUAGUGGAUCCAGAAACUGGUGAAGAGCAGAAGGAAUCUGGAAAGGAAGGAGAAAUAUGGAUCAGCAGUCCAAGUGCAGGAAUUGGGUACUGGGGCAGGGAGGAACUCAGUGAAAGAACUUUUAGGAAUAAGCUUGAGAGUCAUCCCAGUAAAAGGUACACAAGAACUGGUGACCUAGGACGAACAAUUAACGGGAAUUUGUUCAUUACGGGAAGAAUCAAGGAUCUUAUAAUAGUUGCAGGGAGAAAUAUCUAUUCGGCUGAUGUAGAGAAGACUGUUGAGAGCUCGUGUGAACUGCUGCGCCCUGGUUGCUGUGCUGUCAUUGCGGUUCCUGAGGAUAUAUUAUCAACAAAAGGGAUACCAAUAUCAGAUACGUCUGAUCAGGUGGGGUUGGUAGUGAUUGCAGAAACUAGAGAUGGUAAACCAGCAAGUAAAGACGAUUUUGAGAAAAUAAAGGCCACGGUUGCAGAAGAACACGGUGUGAAUUUGGCUGCUGUUAAGUUGAUUAAACCAAGAACUAUCAGCAAGACAACAUCUGGAAAAAUCAAAAGGUUCGAAUGCCUCAAACAAUUCACUGAUGGGACACUGAAUUUGGUACCAGAACCAAAGAUCCCAAAGAGAUUACUUUUACGGUCAAAUACUACAGGAACAUGUAGGGAUGGUCAUACGCCUCGAAAGCAUCUGAAGAUGAAUCUACCUUCACUAGGUACAAAAUUAGGUAGCAGAGAAAUUGUGGAGUUUUUAAAGGGACUUAUCUCUGAGCAAACUGGUAUUCCUGUCGGUAAGAUAUCCACAACUGCAAACCUCACAUCUUAUGGCAUCGAUUCCAUUGGGGUGGUCAGAGCAGCCCAAAAGCUUUCAGAUUAUCUUGGGGUGCCAGUUGGGGCAGUCGAUAUUUUCACAGCAACCAGCAUUGAAGAUUUGGCUAGCUUCUCAGAAGAUAUUGUCACAAAAUCUCAGCCACAACACACGAGAAAUUCUGCGUCUCUUCCAGAACCUGAGGUUAAUUCUUCAGAGUUACUGACUGAAGUUCCCUUAUCUCACCAAUUGGGUAUAAUGUCAUUGCAAUUUCUUGCUCUUAUAUAUGUCUCCAUCUUGCUGAUCCUUCCUGUAUAUUUAUCAACAUCUGUAUUUCUGAAGAUGAUUUCUGCCACUCAUAAUUUGAUAAAUGGAACUCAAUGGGCGCCUUACAUGCUCUCCCUUGCAUUUGCACCUCUUGCAUGGAUCCUCUGCAUAUUUUCUACAUGCAGUUGUAUUGCUCUUUUCGGGAAUACAUUCCUUCAACCGAACUAUGCCUUAAUUCCAGAAAUUUCCAUAUGGUCGUUGGAUUACAUCAAGUGGUGGACACUAUACAAAGCUCAGGAGGUUUCAUCAAAAGUUCUGGCCGUGCAUUUGAGAGGAACAGUGUUACUGAAAUACUGGUUUCGGAUAUUAGGAGCUAAGAUAGGAUCAUCUGUUGUACUUGAUACUGUUGAUAUCACUGAUCCAGCUCUAGUUUCUAUUGGAGAUGGAGUUGUAAUUGCAGAGGGAGUAUUAAUCCAAGGCCAUGAGAUGAGGAAUGGAAUAUUGAGUUUCCAUCCAAUUAGAAUUGGAAAAAGUUCUUCAAUUGCUCCUUAUGCUGUAAUCCAAAGAGGAAGUGUGCUGGGAGAAGGAACUGAAGUACCUGCCUUGCAAAUCACCGAAGAAGGAAACCCUGUUUCAAAAUCCAAGGCUAAUAACAUUCAAAAGGUUAUGGAACUUCCGAAAGUGAGAGAUGACACUCAAUAUCAGGCUAUUCACCAUCUCAUGGGUGUCUAUCUUGUUGGAUUCAUAAGCAGUCUCUCGGCAGCCAUCUUUUACAGCAUAUAUAUCCUGCUGACUCAUAAGUCUCCUACGAUUGAACACUUCGCUUUUUUGUGUGUAUUUGGAGCUUUCCACUGGUUCCCUUUCACUAUCUUUGCAUAUGUCACCAUGAUUGGAUCCACAUCUUUGAGUCCAUUGAGCUUUUCUAUGUCAGUUGCCACUGCAUACUUAGCUCAUGGCUUGAUACUCAGUUUGAUUACCUGCUUGAUGAACCAUUCCAUGUCCGGAAAUCAAGGAACAAAACAAACAUACUUGAGAAUGUGGCUUUGUCACAGAAUUAACAUAUCAUGCCAUCUUAGAUUUACAAAGCUCCUUUCAGGAACAGAAGCGUUUUGCAUAUACCUGAGGCUCCUGGGUGCCAAAGUCGGAAAGUUUUGUUCCAUUAGAGCCAUUAACCCUGUUUUAGAACCCAAACUGGUAUCAAUUGGUAAUGGUGUCCAUUUAGGUGACUUCAGCAGGAUUAUCACUGGUUUCUAUUCCUCCGAUGGUUUCAGAAGCGAAAAAGUUGAGGUACGGGAUAAUGUAGUACUUGGGAGCCAGAGUCUAGUCCUCCCUGGUUCUAUUAUUCAGGAGGAUGUAAUUAUUGGUGCACUUUCAGUUGCUCCAGUCAAUUCAGUGCUCCAAAGUGGUGGUGUCUAUAUUGGAUCUCAAAGUCCUAUCAUGAUAAAGAACACAAUGCAUGAGUUGGAUGAGCGCAUAGAAGAAAUGGACACUAAAUAUAAGAAGAUUGUUGGAAAUCUGGCUGCGAAUUUGGCUGCAACAACUCUUAAGGUUAGAUCAAGAUAUUUCCAUCGAAUUGGAGUAAGUGGAAAGGGAGUACUUAAAAUAUAUGACAACAUUGAAGGGUUUCCUGAUCACAAUAUUUUCCAUCCUGGGAAGAGUUACCCUGUUAUAGUUCGGCACAGCAACAGCUUGAGUGCUGAUGAUGAUGCAAGGAUUGAUGCUCGUGGAGCAGCCAUAAGAAUAUUUUCCCAUAAAUCAGAUCAUGAAUCCCCACUCCUGGACUUGACUCUGAAAACAGGCAAUGCAUUUUAUGCCCGAACAAUUUCUGAUUUUGCAUCAUGGCUUGUGUGCGGCCUACCAGCAAGAGAAGAACAUGUGAAGCGUGCCCCUCAUAUCCGAGAUGCAGUGUGGAUGUCCCUUCGCCAUGCAAACUCCUUUGCCAAACUUCAUUAUUAUUCAAAUAUAUGCAGACUCUUUAGAUUCGCUGAUGGACAGGAGAUGUAUGUGAAAUUCAAGCUGCGACCUUCUGAUGAGACAAUUAGCGAAGAUUCUGGUAAGGUUGAGCCCAUUGGGAUCCUUCCUCCAGAAACAGGUGCAAUUCCAAGGGACAAUAACGACACACGUCCUCUACUUUUCCUUGCCAAAGAUUUUCAGACGCGCGUGAGUUCCCCUGGCGGGGUUCGAUAUGUUUUCCAGCUUCAGUUCCGGCCUGUACCUCAUGAUGAAGCCACACAAGAUGUUGCACUUGAUUGCACCAAACCCUGGGAUGAGGCUGAGUUCCCAUUUGUAGAUGUUGGGGAGAUAACCAUCAAUCAGAACCUGACGAAAGAACAAUCAGAGGAGCUGGAAUUUAAUCCCUUUCUUCAAUGCCAUGAGGUUGAUGUUAUACGGGCAACAUCAGCCUCCCAAAGUGCUUCAAUUGACCAUGGCCGUUCAUUGAUCUAUGAGAUUUGCCAGCAUUUGAGAAAUAACGAGCCACUUCCACAGGCCUGGAGAGCAUUCAUAGAGCAAUCAGAUGUCAAAGUAGACCUCUCAAGCUGUCCGGUUGCAGCAAUGUUGCAGAGAGGCAAUUCUAGUGAAGUGACUCUUGCAAGGACUUGGUUUCAAACUUCAUGGGCCAUCUUCGUGCAACCCUUGCUUCAGACAUUUUUGCCCUACUUUCUCAUGGCAUAUGUAAUUUGUGGUCCUCUAAAUUGGAUACUAUCUGCUAAGGAGACCAUGAAAUAUCCACUGCAGUUGUUGCUUCCUUUCUUUUGGGUUUCUUCAGGCAUAUGGGCUGCACUGGCUUGUGUUGUAGCAAAAUGGAUUUUGGUUGGAAAGAAGAAAGAUGGUGGAACAGCACUUAUCUGGAGCAAAUCAAUUUUUAUGGAUACAGUAUGGCAAGCAUUCAAGACCUUGGUAGGGGACUAUUUCAUGGAUAUGACCGGCGGAUCAAUUUUCUUCGUGCUUUGGAUGAAACUUAUGGGUUCGAAUGUUAACUUAAGUGAAGGUGUUUAUGUAGAUAGUAUGGGAGCUGUCUUGAAUCCUGAAAUGGUAGAGAUAGAGAAAGGUGGAUGCGUAGGGAGAGAAGCUUUGCUUUUUGGACACAUAUAUGAGGGAGAAGGAGGGAAAGUCAAGUUUGGGAAGAUUAAAGUUGGAGAAGGUGGAUUUGUAGGGAGUAGAGCUGUUGCUAUGCCUGGAGUUAUAGUAGAAGAUGGUGGUAGUCUUAAUGCUCUAUCCCUUGCCAUGAAAGAAGAAGUUGUAAGAUCAAAGUCACACAAUUGA